CACACACCUGGACAGAGGAUCCGUUUCACUUUACGAAGCAAAAACUUUGGGAACACACCUUAGGCAGAAUCAUGGUCACUGCCGCAGAAUACGGACACAACUCCUGGGAGCUCUCUAUCCAGGUGGACCAACGGGAGGGAGAUGAGGGUAUGAGGUUUAAAUUACGGGUGAAGGGCGAUCUACAUGUUGGAGGACUCAUGCUCAAACUCGUGGAGAAGAUCAAGGCUCCUCAGGACUGGUCCGAUCAUGCCAUCUGGUGGGAGCAGAAGAGCUGCUGGCUGCUGAAGACUCACUGGACGCUGGAUAAAUAUGGAGUUCAGGCGGAUGCUGACCUGCGCUACACUCCACAACACAAACCCCUCUGCCUACAGCUGCCCAACAUGAAGACAAUCAAACUCUCUGUUAGCUUCUCAGCUGUGGUCUUCAAAGCUGUGGCAGAGAUCUGUAAAGUACUCAACAUUAGAAGAUCUGAAGAACUGUCUCUACUGAAACCAACAGAUGAACCAAAGAAGAAAAAGAAAAAAGACAAGGGCGCAGAAUCAGCUAUUGAUGAGAUAUUAAACAUGGACAUAGCCAGUGGAAUGGCAGCAGGAGCCCUUGGUUUGUAUAGUAAAACCAUGACACCAACCUAUGACCCGGACAGCGGGUCGCCAGCAUCUGCCACCAGUCUGUGGUUUGGAGAGAAUCCCCUGACGGCCAGCCAGCCCAACCUGCCACCAGAGGAACUGGCCAAACUAUACAAAUCUCUUACUCUCGAGGACAGAGCAGCCAUUAAUGCAGGGUGGUUGGACUCCUCUCGCUCACUGAUGGAACAAGGGAUUCAGGAAAAUGACAGACUUCUGCUGCGAUUUAAGUACCACUGUUUCUUUGACCUCAACCCUAAGUAUGAUGCAGUCAGAAUUACUCAGUUGUAUGAACAGGCUCGCUGGGCCAUUCUUCUGGAGGAAAUAGACUGUACUGAAGAAGAGAUGCUCAUGUUUGCUUCCCUGCAGUAUCACAUCUGUAAAUUGACCUUGACAACGGAGCCACUGACUGAUUCCAAUGAACCAGAGAUUGAUGAAGUAGAGGCGGCGCUCUCAAAUUUAGAAUCUACACUGGAAGGACGGAACGCCGAUAAGAUCCUGGAAGACAUCACUGACAUUCCAAAACUGGAAGAUACACUUAAAUUGUUUAGGCCCAAACGACUGACGUUAAAGCCGUAUAAGGAGUACUGGUUUGUUUUUAGAGAUACCACCAUUUCAUAUUUCAAAAACAAAGAGUCUGCGAAUAAGGAACCAAUUGAGCAACUUCAUCUACGAGGAUGUGAGGUUAUCCCAGAUGUCAAUGUGACCGAGAGGAAGUUUGGCCUGAAGCUGUUACUGCCAGUGGCCGACGGGAUGAACGAGGUUUAUAUUCGCUGUGAAAAUGAAACGCAGUAUGCUAAAUGGAAAGCUGCCUGCAUUUUGGCAUCUAAAGGGAAGACGAUGGCCUACAGCUCCUACCGCACAGAAGUGAAGAACAUCCAGUCUUUCCUGCAGAUGAAGAGUCUGGCGCCUCCUCCAGGCCAGGCAGCACCUGACGUGGAGUCCAUGGAGAUGAAUGCUGAGUGCUUCGUUUCUCCAAGAUAUGCAAAGAAGUACAAGACUAAACAGCUGACCACACGAAUCUUGGAGGUCCAUCACAAUAUUUCCCAGCUGUCUCUCAUGGAGGCCAAAAUGCGUUUCAUCAAAGCGUGGCAGUCCCUGCCAGAAUUCGGCAUCAAGUACUACAUUGUCAGAUUCAGAGGAAGCAAGAAAGAUGACAUCCUGGGAAUUUCCUACAACAGGCUGAUCCGCAUUGACAUGUCAACUGGUCUGCCAGUCACCACCUGGAGGUACUCCAAUAUGAAACAAUGGAAUGUCAACUGGGAGAUUAGACAGGUGGCAAUUGAGUUCGACCAGAGCAUGUCGAUAGCUUUCUCCUGCCAAAGUUGCGACUGCAAAGUGGUUCACGAGUACAUCGGAGGAUACAUUUUCCUUUCAACACGCUCAAAAGACCAGAAUGAAACAUUAGAUGAAGAACUCUUCCACAAACUUACCGGAGGACAAGACUGAGCCCAAAUCAUCAAACAUCUGAACUGAGACUUGGAUCUUUAGUGUUUCAGUGAAGCAAGAAUAAAAUGUAUUCAUAAUUUUAUAGAGGUUUUUUUUUUUUUAAAGUUUUUAAAUAUAUUGCUUAACAGAGAUUUUUGUGGCUACUUUAUAUUAGGUGUCUUUAACUACUUUGUCUUAAUGUGUUAUGUAUUCACUCUCAAUGACUGUACUAUCUGAACUGUGUUUUUGUGACUGUUUAUUGUUUAUGUAUUUUUGUGUUACUAUUGUAAUGCGUCCUUGAGCUCUGAAAAAGGCACUAUAUAAAUUAAACCUUAAUAUGUACUAACAGGAGUUUGAGGUAUGGGUUGGUUUAGGGGUUAGAGGUAAAGUUAAUGGUGUAAUUACAUAUGUGAUUGAAUUUAAUAAAAUUUAACAACAAGUAUGUGCAUAAUAGGUGCAUUAUAUCAAGUAGUUAAAGACCUAAUAUAAAGUGGGUCCAUUUUUUUUUUUUUUUUUUUUUCAAUUGCUAGUCUUUGCCAUCUCAAUGAGUUGUUUUUACAUCUGUACAUUGUACAUAAGUCACAGCACAUUUAUGUACAUGAAUUUGUGUAACUAAUGUGGGAUAUAAGUUGCAUGUUUAGCACUGUAGGUUUCUUUGAAGAUUUACCUAAGUAGGGUACAGACAAAGUUAUUUUUUAUUGUUUAUUAGAUAAAUGUGUACAUGAGUGUAAGUUAACGUCAAAUGAAAGCUAAACAUGUCCACAAGUUUACAUUAUACACAGCAACAAAUUUCAAAUUAUUAUUAUUAUUAUUUUAUGCAUUUGGCAGAUGCUUUUAUCCAAAAGCGACUUAAAGUGCAUUUAAGGUAUGCAUUUUUAUCAGUUUGUGUGUUCAUUCCUGUUGAAGUUCAGUACUGUAUAAUAUUUGCUUUCAUUGAGUAUGUUGACUGGGAAAUCUGGCAAUA